AUGCAUCAUCAGCCGAUGUCGGGCCAUCCUCCACAACAUUUGGCCGGUCACCAGGCGAUGCCGACACACCAUCAGAUGCAACCCCAUCAGAUGCAUCGAGAGAACAGGCACGUAACUCUAACUAGGGUGCCGCUGGGCCCGUCGGCCGCCGGCGGGCUGGGCGCGCACGGGCAGUCGCUGGGCGGGCUGGGCGCGCUGGGCGUGCACCAGCACCAGCACCACGCGCCGCCGCGCGCUCAGCACGCGCCGCACGCCAUCCGCGCUAUGCCGCACCAUCCGCCCGCUCAGCACCACGCCAUGCCGCCGCAACAGAUGAAGCCGAUGCGACGGCAGUACCCGGUGGGUGGUGGGUACGGGCCAGGUGCCGGAGUGAUGCCGCCACCCUACGCGCCGCCACACCAGCACCAUCCGCCGCACACCGCGCAGGCCACCCACACCGUGGUGACAGCCCCGAUGGCGAGUACAAAGCCGGUAGCUAGCGGUGGCAGCCCUGGGCGCGAAGUGACCGGCGAGGAGGGCAACGGCCACGUCGUGGACAGUGGGGACGCGGGCGAGGUGUCGUCCCACGCUGCCGCCAACGCCUCUGCGUCCGCUACCGCUUCCGCCGCCGCCCCUUCCACAGGCGCGCCCACCGCCCCAAGCGCGCAGGCUAACAGUAAAGAGAAGACACCUAUGUGCCUGGUCAACGAGCUGGCCAGGUACAAUAAGAUUAAGCAUCAAUAUCGCCUCACAUCCGAGACAGGACCUGCUCACAAAAAAGUAUUCACAGUAACACUCCGAUUGGGUGAUACUGAAGAAUACACUGCUGAGGGGUCCGUCGAUAAAGCGCGCGCAGCACGCGGCCGCGAGUGCGGCGCUGAGCGGGACCGCCUUCCCCCCGCCGCCGCCGCGCGCCCCGCCCUCCCUCGCGCCGCUAGCUGCCCACCACCGGCAUGCAGCCGGCGGUGUACACGUCGGUGCCGCCGCUGGCCGCGCCGACGCGCGCUCGCCCCCGCCUGCCGCCGCCCUACCGGCUGCCGCACCACGCGCCCCACCCCCACCCCCCCGCACCCGCACCCGCACGCGCCCCUCGGCCCGCACGGCUACCCGCGCAUGAUCGGCCAAGGACUCAUAUACAGGGUGCGCGUGUGCGUGGGCGGCAGGGCGUGGAUGGGCGAGGGGGGCACUCCGCAGGCGGCGCGCCACGACGCUGCCGCCCGCGCCCUGCAGGACCUGCGCCCGCCGCAGAGUGAGCCCGACGCCGACAACGGUGCCGAUACAAGUACAGACCUACUGAGUUCAGAGGUGAAGUCUCCAGUCUCCCUGGUGCACGAACUAGCCCUAAAGCGCAACCUGUCUGUCCAGUUCACAGUCAAGUCUGAACGUGGACCGCCGCACAUGCGGGUAUUCGUGACAGUCUGCACAGUGGGAGAAAUGGUGACUGAGGGCGAGGGCAACGGCAAGAAGGUGUCGAAGCGCCGUGCGGCCGAGCGGAUGCUGGAGGAGAUGCGGAAUCGCUGGCCGCCCGCCCUGCUCCGCUCCAGACCACCCCACGACCGCCGACGCCACCAGCCCGCCAAGAAGAAGCCGCGCAAUCUCAUCAAGGAGGGCGGACUCGGGGCGGGCGGCGCGGCGGCGGGCGAGGACGUUGCGGGCGGCGCGGGGGCGGGCGCGGGCGGCGGGGGCGGCGCGGGCGCGGACAACCCCAUCUCGCGGCUGGCGGUGGCGCGGCAUGCGGCGCGCGCCCGCUCGCCGCAGUACCGCGUGCUGGAGGAGCGCGGCGCCGCGCGACGCCGCGAGUUCCUCGUGCAGUGCGACGCGCCGCCGCACUCCGCCACCGGCCUCGGGCCCAACAAGAAGACGGCCAAGCGCCGCGCCGCGCACAAUGUCCUCUUGGCAAUGGAAAUGAGCGCAGCCGGUGCGGACUCUUCAACAACGACGGCCACAAAUAAGGAGGCAACUAACACUAAUGGCACAGCUGAAAGCAAUAAAGCAAACAACAAUAACGACGUAAAGAGAAAGGAGAAUGAGGCAGUGACGGGCGGCGGCGCAAACAGCGAAGUCCGGCAACCAGUGCCAGGAGUGUUGAUGAUGGACUACCACCAGCGCUCCGGUCAGCCGCAACAUAAUACUAACGGAGUGAGCGAAACAAGUGCAACAGGUGGUACUGGUGGUAACACCCCGGGGGCGAAGGACCAGCUCAUGUACCUAUCUCAACUACUUGGCUUCACAGUACAGUUCUCUGAUUUUCCCAAGCGCAACCACGGCGAGUACCUGUCGCUGGUGUCGCUGUCGACGGAGCCGCCCGUGAUGUGCCACGGCGGCGGGGCCAGCACCGCGCACUCGCACGAGCAGUGCGCGCGCGCCGCUCUGCGCGCCCUGGCGCUCAUGGGCCUCGAGCCCGGCGACGGCGCCGCCGCGGGUAUGCAAAGCUUGCCGGGAUCCGGUCCGAAAUCCGGCGUCAUUAGCAACGGGAUCUCCGAG